GAUCUGAUUGGUGCUGGUGUCAGUACUGCGGCUUCAUCUAUGAAGUGUAACCUGCAGGGUUCAACUCGUUUACCUGCAUCAUCAGAGGAUGGAGACAUUGUCAUUGGAGGUGUUUUUUCUAUUCACCCCAAACUUGACACAGUGAUUUAUAACUACACCACCAAGCCUGAACCUCCAAGAUGCACAGGGAGCUUGUAUUCCCGAGGUUUGCGCUUCUCUCAAGCAAUGAUCUUUGCCAUUGAGGAGAUAAACAACAGCACUGAGCUGCUGCCAGGCAUCAAACUUGGUUAUCAGAUAUAUGAUUCCUGUGUCGCAGUUUCCUUGGCUGUGCAUGCGGCUUUUCAGUUAUUAAAUGGCCAGGAUCAUAUCUUUUACAAAGACAAAAAUUGUUCCCAAUCUGGUAUGGUGAUGGCUGUUAUUGGGAACUCUGGAUCCACACUAUCUAUCAGCAUUUCACACAUCAUUGGGCCCUUCAAUGUCCCUCUGGUGAGCCCCCUUGCCACUUGUGCCUGCCUGUCAGAUAAGCAGCAGUACCCAACAUUUUUCAGAACAAUUCCCAGUGAUCAGUUCCAAGCUGACACUCUGGCCAAACUGGUGAAACACUUUGGUUGGACUUGGAUCGGUGCUAUCCGUUCUGACUCAGAUUAUGGAAAUGAUGGGAUGGCAUCUUUUUUGGAUGCAGCGCAGAAAGAGGGGAUCUGUGUGGAGUACUCUGAAGCUUUUUUUCGGACCGACCCUCGCAGCAAGAUAAAGAAAAUAGCCGGUGUUAUCCGCAGGUCAACAUCAAGGGUUAUUGUGGCUUUUGCAGCCUUUGGAGAAAUGAGCGUCCUUUUGGAAGAGUUGUCUUUGGAUCCCCCACCACCUCGUCAGUGGAUAGGAAGUGAGGGCUGGAUAACUGACCCACCAUUGAUGAGUUACAGUUUCUGUGCAGGAGCCAUUGGAGUUACCAUUCAGAAAUCUGUCAUCCCAGGUCUGAGAGACUUCCUGCUGGAUCUCUCUCCCAGUGAAGUAGCUGCCUCUGCAGUGCUUACUGAGUUCUGGGAGGAUGCAUUCAACUGCAGCUUGAAUAAAAAUAACAAUAUCAACAAAAGAGCAUGUGAUGGAACUGAAGAUAUAAGGACACUUGAAAACCCGUACACUGACACAUCUCAGUUAAGAAUCACUAACAUGGUGUACAAGGCUGUUUAUGCUGUAGCUCAUGCCAUUCACAAUGCAGUGUGUGAGGAAACAAAUCUCAUUGCUCAGUGUGACAAACACUUCAAACUAGAAUCCAAGCAGGUUUUUGCUGAACUGAAAAAAGUCAACUUUUCUCGCAAUGGUUAUCCUGUAUCAUUUGAUGUUAACGGGGAUCCAGUUGCUUUUUAUGAGCUGGUAAACUGGCAGAAGAGUGAGAGUGGAGUUACUGAACUAGUAACUGUUGGAUAUUAUGAUGCAUCACUGCCAAAAGGCCAGCAGUUUCAGAUCAACAGGAACAUAACCUGGAUGGAUGGUGGCACAAAAGUUCCACUAUCAGUGUGCUCUGAACGUUGUCCUCCAGGAACCCAUAAAGUGUUGCAGAAAGGAAAACCCAUCUGCUGCUAUGAUUGUAUACCAUGUCCUGAAGGAGAGAUCAGUAACAUGACAGAUUCUCCAGAUUGCUUCCCAUGUUCCGAGGAAUUCUGGUCUAAUGUGAAAAGAGAUGCUUGUUCGCCCAAACCUGUUGAGUUUCUGUCUUUUGAUGAAGUCCUGGCAAUCAUCCUGGCUACAUUUUCUGGUUUGGGCGUGUCUCUGGCCAUCAUAACAGCAGUUAUUUUCUUUCGUCACAGAACAUCUCCAGUUGUUAAAGCCAACAACUCUGAGCUGAGCUUCCUACUGCUAUUUUCUCUGAUUCUAUGUUUCUUAUGUUCAUUAACUUUCAUUGGAGCUCCCUCUGAGUGGUCCUGCAUGCUGAGACACACAGCCUUUGGUAUCAUCUUUGUUCUCUGUAUCUCCUGUGUUCUUGGC